AUGUAAGAUAGUAAUUUGCCUCGUAUAAACAGUUAACAAAAAAGUACUCAUCAAGAAGUAAAAACUGAAAAUAUCCACAGAGAUUAGGUUUAUUAAAUUGAGUUAGGAGAUCCAAAAAACUAAUAGAAUGUCCAAGUAAAUUAAUCACAGGAUAGCUACUAAAACAACAAAAAAAUAAAAAAUCAAAGUGAAUUAGCAAGUGUAUAGAUUACAACAAACUAAAAUAUUAAUGAACUUAAAGGCUUUUACAAGGAUGAAAAUCAUGAUCAUCACAAUGAAAUAGCUACAACUAAUGGAGAAACAAUUAACAAAUUAGAAGAAUCAAAUAAAGCUCCUUAUACAACUCAAAUUUUGAAAAAUAAAUUGAUGUUCUGGUUUAUGGUGAACCACGCAGCAUUUACUGAUUUUUUGUUAGCAUAUAAUAUGGGUUUAUUCAACACAUUGUCUGACCACAUGAAUUAUAUUUAUGGCUGGACUGAUGAUGAAAAAACCUUGUAAUAUUCUUUGAUUAACUCACUCCCUUAAGCUGUUGCUGCUAUUGUUUCACUCUUUGCAGGUGGGUGGGCUGCUCGCUUUGGUCGUAGAAAAAUGCUUAUAAUACUCUUUAUAGUAGCCUUGGUAGGAAAUGCAAUCACCCUCAUUGCAAAUACAGGUGCUCUGCUAAUAGGACGUAUCAUAGUUGGUUUAAGCUUUGGAGGAUGGUCUUCUAUAGGACCUCUUUACUCGAUUGAAAUAGCAUGUAAGCAGUACAAGGGUAUUAGUGGUAUCAUAUACUCUUAGUAUUUUGGUUUUGGUAUACUGACUGCUUUCUUAGUUGGGUAUGGCUUACCAAGUGAUGCUAAAGAGAGUGCAACAAACAGCUACUGGAGAUUAAUGUACGGAUUGCCAAUCAUAUUUUGCUUAAUCUCUAUAGCUAUAUUUUUAAUAUUUUUCAGAGAUGAAACUGCUCCUUAUCUUUAUCUUCAUGACAAGAAUGAACCAAAAACAAAAGCUGUUUUAAACAGAGUUUAUACUGAAGCAGUAGCUCAAGAAGAAUUUAGCGAUUUAAAUAAUUUCUCUAAAUAAGCUAGUAGUUAAAAUGUAGGAUGGAAGCAACUCUUUGGCCCUAAGUAUAAAAGCAGAAUUUUACUUGUUGUAAUGCUCACAAUAGGUUUCAGUUAUGUGGGGUGUAAUGCUAUCAACAUUUAUUCCUAUAAUAUUAUAUCAGAAUCUUAAGGAGCUAGUACUGCUUAGUUGUUUACAGCAAUAAUGCCUAUAGGUGAUAUUAUAGGUCCUUUAUUUGCUAUGCUUCUUAUAGAAAAAAUUGGAAGAAAAAACCUUUACCUCCAUGGACUCUUAGGAUGCAUGAUUACUCUAGUUGCAUUUAGUAUCACAGGAUGGAGCAGCUAUAAGCCUCUUCAAAAAUAUUUGAUUCUACUCUAUAAAUUCAUCUUUGCAACAUCUGUGGCACCUGUUCAUUGGAUUUAUCCAAGUGAGAUUUUACCUCCAGUUGGUGUUGGUUUCUUCGGAUUCGCCUAUUGGGUAGCAAGUUUAUCAACAGUUUAAUUCUUGCCUUACUUGCUAAAUUCUUCAGGAGCUGAAGUUACAAUUAUUGUUUUCCCAAUAGUAUCUUUCUUUGUAUUCAUCUAUAUGAUGAUUUAUAUGAAAGAAACUACUGGCAAGAAUAAAGAAUAAAUAGAAAAAAUGUUUAAUUAGUCUUCCAUUUAACAAUUCCAACUAGUUAAUUAAAAUUUACAUUCAUAAAACACAUUAGGAGAUAAUAAAUGA